AUGCGAAGCGCGCGCGCGCGCGGCGCGCUCCGGGGCCCGAGCGCGCGACGCGCGGCGCGACGCGCGACGACGAAGGCGCGAACGACGCGCGCGCCCUCGCGCGCGACGAAGGCGGACGUCGACGGCAUGCGCGACGCGCUCGAGCGCGCGCGCGCGACGCCGCUGGAGAUCAUGGAUAAGGCGCUGGAAACGCACGGCGACGGGCUGGCGAUCGCGUUCAGCGGGGCGGAGGACGUGGCGGUGAUUCAGUACGCGGCGCUCACGGGGCGGCCGUAUCGCGUCUUCUCGCUCGACACGGGGCGGUUGAAUCCGGAGACGUACGAGCUGUUCGAUAAGGUUGAGAAACAUUUUGACAUAAAGAUUGAGUAUUGCUUUCCCGAGAGCGAGGCGGUGAAGGCGCUGGUGAACGAGAAGGGGAUGUUUUCGUUUUACGAGGACGGACACAAGGAGUGCUGCGGCGUGCGCAAGGUGAAGCCUUUGCGGGCGAAGCUGGCGACGCUCACGGCGUGGGUGACGGGGCAGCGGAAGGAUCAGAGCCCCGGUACGCGAAACGCGGUGCCGGCGUGCCAGAUCGAUCCCGUGUUCGAGGGCGCGGCCGGGGGCGCGGGAAGUUUGGUCAAGUUUAACCCGCUCACGGACGCGACGUCGCAAGAGGUGUGGGAUUUCUUGCGCGUCAUGGGCACGCCCGUGAACGCGUUGCACGAGCGUGGGUACGUCUCGAUCGGAUGCGCGCCGUGCACGCGGGCCGUGCUUCCGGGACAGCAAGAGCGCGAAGGACGGUGGUGGUGGGAAGACGCGAGCGACAAGGAGUGCGGCUUGCACAGCGGCAACUUGACGGCGGAGGAAAAGGCGAAGCAAGACGAUCGCGAGGCGACGGAAGAAGACAUUUUUGAGCACGACUCGAUUCGAAACUUGUCUCGAGACGACAUCGCCGCGUUGAAGGACGAAAAGACGCACGGCGAGACCACUCUGGCGGUGCUGUACGCGCCGUGGUGUCCGUUUUGUCAGCGCAUGGUGAGCGGUUUCGAAACCGCCGCCGAGCGUCUCGGGCCGAAGGGCGUGAAAUUCGCCAAGUUCCGCGCCGAUCGCGACGAAAAGGAGUGGUCGCAAGAAAACUUGUCGAUGAAAUCGUUCCCGACGCUCUUGCUCUUCCCGAAAGGCCGCUCGGGGUACGUCAAGCUCGGCUCGGAGCGCCGAGACCCGGACAGCUUGGAAAUUUUCAUCGAGUCCAUCACGGGCAAGCUCUGA